GCCGGGGGGCGUCGGGGGGCUCGGCGGCCGCCCUGCGCGCCUUGACGCCCUCGUCGCUGCUGCUGCUGCCCGCCGAGGCCGAGACGCGGCAGCGCCUCCUGCGCAGCGCCAAGAAGGAGGUGAAACAGAUAAUGGAGGAAUCCGUCACCAGGAAGUUUGUACAUGAAGACAGCAGCCACAUCAUUUCCUUUUGUGCUGCCAUCGAAGCCUGUGUCCUCCACGGCCUCAAGCGGCGGGCGGCGGGCUUCCUGCGCAGCAACAAGAUUGCCGCCCUGUUCAUGAAGGUGGGGAAGAGCUUUCCUCCUGCUGAGGAAUUGUCCCGGAAGGUGCAGGACCUGGAGCAGCUCAUUGAGAAUGUGCGAAACCAGAGCCCAGGUGUCCAGGAGAGCACACGCAAGGCUUCCAAGCUCCCCAGCCUCUCCCCGCAGGCCAUCAAGCAUCUCUGGAUCCGGACGGCACUUUUUGAAAAGGUCCUGGACAAAAUAGUGCUCCACUUGGUGGAAAACAGCAGCAAAUACUAUGAGAAGGAAGCCCUGCUGAUGGAUCCAGUUGAUGGGCCAAUCCUUGCCUCUUUGCUGGUGGGACCUUGUGCACUGGAGUACACCAAGAUGAAGACCGCCGACCAUUUCUGGACCGACCCCUCGGCUGACGAGCUGGUCCAGCGCCACCGAAUCCACAGCUCUCACUGCCGCCAAGACUCGCCCACCAAACGCCCAGCUCUCUGUAUUCAGAAGAGGCAUUCCAGUGGAAGCAUGGACGACCGGCUGUCUCUCUCAGCCAGAGACUACGUUGAGUCGCUGCACCAGAACUCCAGAGCCACACUCUUAUACGGCAAAAAUAAUGUCUUGGUGCAGCCGCGGGAUGAUAUGGAGUCCAUCCCAGGAUAUUUGUCCCUUCACCAGACUGCUGACGUCAUGACUCUCAAGUGGACCCCAAACCAACUGAUGAAUGGCUCUGUGGGUGAUCUGGACUAUGAGAAAAGCAUCUACUGGGACUACGCCAUGACCAUCCGCCUGGAGGACAUUGUCUACCUCCACUGCCACCAGCAAGUAGACAGUGGGGGCACAGUUGUCCUGGUAAGCCAAGACGGCAUCCAGCGCCCACCACUGCGAUUCCCGAAAGGUGGGCACCUCCUGCAGUUCCUCUCCUGCCUAGAAAAUGGGCUCCUGCCCCAUGGCCAGCUGGACCCCCCUCUGUGGUCACAGAGGGGGAAGGGGAAGGUGUUUCCAAAGCUGAAGAAGCGAAGCCCCCAGGGGUCCUCGGAGUCGGCAUCAGACAAGGAGGAGGAGGAGGCAACCGAUUACGUUUUCCGGAUCCUCUAUCCUGGCCUUCAGUCAGAGUUUGCCCCGCAGGAUCUGGUCGACACCCAGACGAGCACCCUCCCUUCCAUGUGGCAGCUGGGCACCCGCAAGUCCUCCUGCUCAUCCUGCUCUCAGAGCGGAUCCACGGAGAGUGGCCCCUCCAAUGGCUGCAACCAUGAAAGGGCUCCUCUGAAGCUGCUGUGUGAUAACAUGAAGUACCAGAUACUAUCUCGAGCGUUUUAUGGCUGGCUGGCCUACUGCCGGCACCUCUCCACGGUGAGAACCCACCUCUCGGCACUGGUGAACCAUGACAUUGUGUCACCCAGCGUGCCCUGCAGCGCCAGCCAGGGGCUGACCGCUGAGGUCUGGGAGAUGUUCCUGCAAGACAGUACGAGCUAUGAGGAGAAAGAGCUUUUGCGGCUAGUCUACUUCGGAGGGGUCCAGCAUGAGAUCCGGAAAGCAGUCUGGCCUUUCCUGCUGGGACAUUACCGGUUUGGGAUGUCAGAAGCUGAGAGAAAGCAGGUCGACAGCCAGACUCGCGCCUGCUAUGAGCAAACCAUGGCAGAGUGGCUGGGCUGCGAGGCGAUUGUCCGACAACGGGAGAAGGAGUCUCAUGCGGCCGCCCUGGCCAAGUGCUCCUCAGGGGCCAGCCUGGACUCCCACAUGGAACACAUGAUGCACCAAGAUUCGACCAUCAGCAACGAUUCUUCCCAGAGCGGCAGUUCCGGCCCACAGAACCUGACACGGCUUCAGAGCGACUCCAGUGGCAGUACCCAGGUGUUUGAGUCGGUCGAUGAGGUAGAACAGCCCGAGGCAGAUGCCAAACCUGAAGACGGCAAACGGCCCAAACUCUCCAACGGGAUGAUCCCUGACGGUGCCUCCUCCCCCGACCCUUGCUAUCCCUCUUCCCAGAACUUUUUGGUCACCUCCCCAUGCUCAGAGCAGAUCUUCAGCACCAAGGACAGUAUGGUGGAGACCGCAAAAGCCGCGGUGUGCCACUCUGCCCAGGCGAGCAUGGCUGUCGGCCAGGGACCUCUCAGUGUGGACAAUGCCCUUGUGGGUGGCACACAAACAGGGGAAGGUUUGCAGGGCCAGGACAGCCUGGAGGAACUCCCCACCACCAGCAGCUUAGAGGAGUUUAUCCUCAUGGGCAAGGAGCACCCUGAUAAAGAGGGGGCAUCUCUGUCUAUAGUGGAUGUGACAGGCAGCUGGCCAGACCACAGUGUGGGGCAGCAGAACUCCAUGGGGAGUGAAGAUGACCUCUCAGAAGAGCCAGAGAUGGAGAGCCUGUACCCGCAGCUGGAUUCACACUCCCUGGCUGUCACUGACUUGACCAUUAGCGAAGUCUCGCCUGUCUCCUCGUCGGGGGUCACCUACUCUCCAGAGCUGCUUGACAUGUACACUGUGAACCUGCACCGCAUUGAGAAGGAUGUCCAGAGGUGCGACCGGAACUACUGGUAUUUCUCACCAGCCAACCUGGAGAAGCUGCGCAACAUCAUGUGCAGCUACAUCUGGCACCACAUUGACAUUGGCUAUGUCCAGGGGAUGUGUGACUUGCUGGCUCCUUUGCUUGUGAUUCUGGAUGAUGAGGCCAUUGCCUUCAGUUGUUUCACAGAGCUUAUGAAGCGGAUGAACCAGAACUUCCCCCAUGGAGGCGCCAUGGACACCCACUUUGCCAACAUGAGAUCCCUCAUCCAGAUUUUAGACUCUGAGCUGUUUGAGCUGAUGCAUCAAAAUGGCGAUUACACGCAUUUUUACUUCUGCUACCGCUGGUUUCUCCUGGAUUUUAAGCGAGAGCUAGUUUACAAUGAUGUCUUCUCUGUCUGGGAAACAAUCUGGGCAGCAGCACAGAUCUCCUCGUCUCAUUAUGUCCUCUUCAUUGCUCUUGCCUUGGUGGAGGUUUAUCGGGACAUCAUCCUGGAGAACAACAUGGACUUCACAGAUAUCAUCAAGUUCUUCAACGAAAUGGCAGAGCGGCACAACACUCAACAGGUCCUGAAGCUGGCGCGGGACCUUGUCUACAAAGUCCAGACACUCAUUGAGAACAAGUGAUUUGAGAGAACAUCUGCCCUGGAGGAGGAAGGGAGACUGAAGCAACCUUGUGUACAUUUGGAGGCUGGACUAGCGCAUAAGGCAGAGAGCUAGAGAGGGAGCAUGCCUCUCCCCAUGAACUUGAGCCAGUCCCUGGAGAGGCAGUCUCCCAGCCAGUCAUUCCAUGGUUUGCAUGGGCUGGGUGUUUUCAGCCACUGCCUGCUGGUUCUUCUGUUUCCGUGAUGAUAAUUAACCAAAGAACUCACAAGCUCUGCCUCCUUUCUCAUUCAGGUAGGAUGGAGCUUGACUGGCACAAACCUUGCUUUGAGGACAGAGGUCAGUUGUUAGGUGGGUGGAAAGGGUGUGGCUGUUUAUUGGGAUGUCUGGUUUUAUUACCUUCUGUUCCUGUUUGGAAAGGUCAAGGUGACAGCCUUGAAAAGGGGUGGCUGGGAUCUGUCGUUGAUUUCCCUCCCUCCCUUCAGAUCUUCCUUCAGAGAGAAUAUUUUAAACAGCCAGCAUUUUUCCUUCCCCUGUCACCUCCAAAAUGUGCAGGUCGGGAUCUAACUCUUGGCCCUUUAAUCAAAAGGUGAGGCUUUGCCGAGGUCAUCCUUUUAUGGGGAAGCUUUCUCACCUUCUGAAGGGUGCCAGUUGAGGCCAUCUCUGCCACUGAGGUUUGUCUGUCCUCUUCCUGAUUUUCCUGAAAUUUUCUGCAGUGCCCCAGAUCGCUGUCACCAUAUUUCAUUAGGAAACCGUAUAGCAGACUGAGGCCAGGCUGGCCUGUUCCAUCCUGCUCUGUGGGGAUGCUUGCCAUUCUUUGCCCUUGACCAGGGCCUGACAAAAAAAACAUGUUCUCCAACCCAGCACAUUUUUUGCUGGACUGAGGACUUAAGCAUCCUGCUUUUCUAUCAUGAGGUUGCAAAGCCAUCAUGUAUGUCCAGGGCCUUGAUGGCAUCUCGUUGAAAUUUUUCUCUCGCUUCUCUCUUUCUGCCCUAGAUGGCUCCUUGUGUUUCAAAGCAGAAAGCACCCGAUGGUUGCUCUGGUCUAGCCUCAGGAGUUUCCUCUCUUCAACAUUGAACCUUGGAGGUUGGGCUCGGCCUAUUAACACACACACACACACACACACACACACACACUUUGCGCCUCUCCUUCACAUUGUCCUUCUGAAUGAUGUGAUAGUACAGGAUACAGGAUACUUCUUGGAGAAAGUCUAUAAACACUUACUAGAGGAGGUAAGCCAUCCUUCCCCAACCUAGUGCCCUCCAGAUGGUGUUGAGCUCCAACUUCCAAUAUGGUCUGCCUGGCCAAUGGUCAAGGGUGAUGGGAGUUGUAGUCCAACACCACUUGGUGAGCCCCAUGUUGGGAAAGGCUGAUGGAAACGGCAGCCCAUGGAGCUGAUCCUGUGACUCCUCUGAAGUUCUGCCUCUGUGUUGACUCUGGUCAGCACCAGAUUAACCAGUCUUCUUAGCACUCUAGUGUGAAGUAACAUUGAGGACAAAUAUUUGAAAUGGUCUGUGUUAAAAAUUCAGGUGUUCUUUUUAAAAGAGAAGGAGAAAGAAACAGAGUGAAAUUAAAUGGGUUUCCUGAUUUUAAAAAAUCUCCUGAAAAGGUUGCCAUCAUGGCUAAGUGAGUGCCUAUAUUUUGUUUGGUUGUUGUUGUCAUGAAAAGGCCUUCCUUGUAGCCAGUAAAUGCUCAGCCAUAGUUGCUUCUCCCUCUCACUCCAGAGGACUAGUCUCUUAAACAGUGCUGCAAAAUCCAUCCCACCCACCCUGCUGGGUCUCUGUGCUGGCUACUCGUACUUCCAUGCUAAGCUCUUCCUAUUCUUCCUUCAGGAGAGAGUGGUCAAAGAGCACCGCUUCCAAAGUGAGUAACCCUUAAUGACCUCCAUCCUUAAAUUGGGAGCGGGGGUUCAGUCCUUGGCAGCUGCACUUCAAAGCAAGGAGCUCUGUCUCAACAGUACAGUCAAACUGGUUUAACUGUCCCGGCUUCCCUAUGCAAAACCCUGGGGAUUUGAGUUUGGAGAGGGAGCUGCUGACCUCGCCCAAGCCCAUUAAUUUUGCCCUUCCCAUUUGGCGCCCAAGCUGUAAGUCCCAGGCUUCCAUCACUGGCUGUGCAAGGAGGCCAUGCCAGGUGGACCAGUAGUGCAAACUGGAUCCCUUGCCCCAAACAAGUUCAGCUUGGACUUCCCAUGGCCUUUGGUGGCUGGUUGGACUUCCACAAAGUGGUAGGGCACUCCAUUUUUCUGGCAAGUGUUAAAGAAUCAGGCACCGCCCUCCAAAGCAGACAUAGGCGCAUCCCAGGCUCAGCCAGAUAUUAAAGCACAAGAGAAUCGUGCCCCUGGGCAGUGGUGCCAAGUGGGCUUUUGCCCUUUUGUCCCCAUAAGGAAGGGGAACAGUUACAAAACAAGUUACUUCCUCCUGUUCUGGAGCUGAUCUGCCUUACUACUUCUACCCCCAGAGCUUUUUCUGGGAGAUGGCAGGGCAAUGUGGUGUUUUAAGGAUAAAGUUUGGGACUGAAGGAUCCAUGCAGUCCAUGGGGUGGGUGGGUGUACGUACAUGUUGCUUGUGCUGGGCUUUUUGACUGUGGAUGCUAGUGUUUCCACCCUCCUUUCUUAAAAGCACAAACUUGAUCUAGUGACCUGUUUCUGAAAGAUAAACCUUUCCACUUUGGAAAACUCCAAAUGAGAGAAUUAAGCAGGCUGACUAGCCCUUUUCUGACAGGGCAGUGUCCUUGCCAAGCAAGUUGUGAGGAGCCAGCUGCCCUGGAGAUGGCAGCGAGAAAUAGUAUGAUGCAGUGGAAAGAGCAUGGGACCUUGACUUGCUUUGAAUUUUCGCUCACCCUUCUUCCUGCCCAUCCAGCCUACUUCACAGAGUGACCGUGAGGACAACAUGGUCCAUCUUCUCCCCUUUAUUGGAGGAAGGGUGAGAUGCAGUGUGUAGGCUGCAUCUGCAGGGGAUUUUUGAUGUUGUCUUUGUUUUUGACACUAUGAGAAGCUGUAUCUAAAUUUUGAGAAGUAGUUUCUAGUAUAUAACUUUGCAAUUGUUAGCACAAGGGUUUUCCACUCCCAUAUCACACUCUUGUUUUCAGAGCAAUGCUACAUCACCAUGAACUCAUUGCACUCACCCCUUGGGGUGACCUUUUAGUUUUUCUGAAAUCCCUUUAAAAAAUGGUUUUGUUUUAAAAGCUAGCUGAGUAAUCAAGCCGAGCACUUUCUGCCUAUGCUAUCAGAGAGAGCAUAUUUUGGCCAUUUGAUGUCUUGCUUUGUGUGUGUGUGUGUGUGUGUGUGCGCGCGCGCGCAUGUGUUUUAAGGAGAGCACUUUUAAAUGCACUUUUAUUUACAGGUCUUUAUUGAUUCUCUCUGUGCGUCCUGAACUCUGUGUGCGUGAAGCAUUAUGCAAACGAAUACAUUCUUUUCUCAAUGUCGCCAAACAUAUCUUUUAAAUGUUGAUCAGGAAA